AUGUCGUUGGAAAGCAAGAUCGAUACAUUGUUAGCUCACCUUUCCAUUGGAAAAGGCCUAGAAGCUGCCAAGGUUUGUGGCGUGUGCUCUGUGCAAGGACAUCCUACGAAUCAAUGCCCUCAACUCAUGGACAAUAGUGGAUGGGAAUCAGCAAACGCUCUUGGACAACAAAGGUACAAUCCAUUCCCCAACACAUACAAUCCUGGAACUAGAGAUAAUCCCAACUUUCGUUGGAGCAACACGGAGAAUGCAUUGAAUCCACCACAAAAUAUUGGCAGCAGCUCAUUCCCUCGUCCAGUCGGUUUCUUUCCAAGACCCCAGGUUCCUCAAAACUUUGCUUCUAAUCCUUUUAUGACUAACAAUGCUACUCACCCCUCUUAUGAGAAAAUGCUUGAGAAUCUGUAUCAAACCCAAGAGGCUCUUGUAAAGGGACAACAAAGCAAUACAAAGGACAUAGCUAAACUCAAGAACCAGUUGGGGAAAGUAGUGGACUUUAUGGGAAAGAUUACUGAGAGCGGGAAGCUCCCACCUAGCACCGUCCCCAACCCAAACUUUGAAUCUGCAAGGAGUGGACGAGUGUUCAAUGAAGUAACAAAGAAGGAGGAGAAGAAGGCGACAGUGGCCCAUGAUGAAGAAGAAGAAGAACUUAUUGUGAGCACGAAAGAUUUAGAGAAAGAUCCCGCUACUAAAAGAGUUGAAGCUACAUUGCCCAAAACCGAACCGCCAAUGGGUGACGAUUCUAACUCUAAGAGUUCAGUUAUUACUAAUUCUCCUAUUAUGCGUGCUCCAUUUCCAAGUAGGUUUCAAAAAUCAAAGAAGGAAGAAUCUGAUCAAGCUAUCUUGGAAAUUUUUAAGAAAGUGCAAGUGAACAUGGCCUUGAUUGAGUGCAUUACUCAAGUUCCCAAGUAUGCAAAAUUUCUAAAAGAGUUGUGCACCACAAGGAGACAAACAAGAGAGAAAGAAAAGGCCGCAGCUUCCAACCAAGAUGGCGCUAAGCCCACUCGAGAGGUCCAAAGACGCCUUCAUGCUCCGAUGAUGAAGGUUAUGCAAGAUGAAGUGAUCAAAUUGCUAGAUUGUGGUGUCAUCUACCCCAUAUCCGAUAGCAAAUGGGUUUCACCCGUGCAAUGUGUUCCAAAGAAAUCUGGAGUGACCGUGGUGAGGAAUGCAGAAAACGAGCUAGUACCCCAAUGUGUUGUAAUUGGACAUAGAGUUUGCAUAGACUAUAGGAAGCUCAAUGCCACCACUAGAAAAGACCACUUUCCCUUACCAUUCAUUGAUCAAAUGCUUGAAAGGUUGGCUGGUCAUGAAUUCUACUGCUUCUUGGAUGGAUAUAGUGGCUACAACCAGAUGUGCAUAGCCCAAGAAGAUCAAGAAAAGACUACAUUCACAUGUCCCUUUGGCACAUUUGCUUAUAGGCGCAUGCCCUUUGGUUUGUGCAAUGCACCGGGUACUUUUCAACGUUGCAUGAUGUCUAUUUUCUCGGAUUACAUUGAAAAUAUAAUUGAGGUUUUUAUGGAUGACUUUAGUGUUUUUGGUAAAAACUUUGAUUCAUGUUUGAAGAAUUUAGAACUCAUUUUAAAAAGGUGUGUUGAAACUAAUCUGGUUUUAAAUUGGGAAAAAUGCCAUUUCAUGGUAACACAAGGUAUUGUGCUAGGACAUAUCAUUUCUGCAAGAGGCAUUGAAGUUGAUAAAGCCAAGAUUGAUCUUAUUCGUUACUUACCCUACCCCACAACUGUGAGGGAGAUUCGCUCAUUUCUUGGCCAUGCAGGUUUUUAUCGCAGGUUUAUCAAGGAUUUUUCCAAGAUAGCAAGACCCCUUUGCCGUUUACUACAAAAGGAUGUACCCUUUGAUUUUGACGACGAAUGCAAGCAAGCAUUUGAGAAGUUGAAGGAGUUGUUAACUAUGGCACCUGUGAUGAUGCCCUGGGAUUGGAAUGAGCCCUUUGAGCUCAUGUGUGAUGCAUCCGACUAUGCGGUUGGAGCUGUGCUAGGGCAGCAGAAAGACAAGAAGCCCUAUGCUAUUUAUUAUACCUCAAGGACUCUCAAUGAUGCUCAAUUGAAUUAUUCAACAACUGAAAAAGAGCUCCUUGCUGUUAUUUUUGCUUUAGAUAAAUUUCGUCCUUAUAUACUUCAAUCUAAAGUAACAAUUUACACAGAUCAUGCAGCGUUGAGGUAUUUGUUUACCAAGAAGGAUGCCAAGCCAAGACUCAUCCGAUGGAUUUUGUUGCUCCAAGAAUUUGACAUUGAGAUCAAAGACAAGAAAGGGAGUGACAACGUGGUUGCGGAUCACUUGAGCAGACUCGUGCGAGAAGAGGAUGCGCUGCCCUUGAGCGAGACAUUUCCGGAUGAACAGCUCUUCGGAAUUGAGGUAAGUGAACCAUGGUAUGCAGAUAUUGUAAAUUAUUUGGUCACUAAGACUUUUCCAGAUGAUUUACCUCAUUCUCAAAAAGAUAAACUAAAGAAAAUGGCUAGGCAUUAUGUUUGGGAUGAACCUUACUUGUGGAAACAUUGUGUUGAUCAAAUAAUUAGAAGGUGUGUUUCUACACCUUACCAUCCUCAAACAAGUGGACAAGCAGAAAUUUCAAACCGGGAGAUAAAGAGAAUCUUGGAGAAAACGGUGAGCCCAAACCGAAAGGAUUGGAGUCAAAAGCUAAAUGAUGCACUGUGGGCUUACCGAACAGCUUACAAGACCCCCAUUGGGACAUCCCCAUUUCGGUUCGUUUGUGGGAAAGCAUGUCACCUUCCGGUGGAGCUAGAGCACAAAGCAUUGUGGGCGGUGAAGAAUUUCAACAUGAACAUUGAUGAUAUCGGCCUACAUAGGAAGCUCCAAUUGAAUGAACUUGAAGAAAUUAGAAAUGAUUCCUAUGAGAAUGCCAAGAUUUACAAGGAGCGCACCAAGAAGUUUCAUGACAAAGUCAUUCGUCAAAAGACUUUUGAGCCAGAUCAAAAGGUGUUGCUAUAUAACUCUCGACUUAGACUCUUUCCAGGGAAGUUGAAGUCAAGGUGGAUGGGUCCUUUUAUGGUUACAAAGGUGUUACCUCAUGGAGUAGUUGAAAUUCAGAACUUAAGGAACAACUCUACAUUCAAGGUGAAUGGUCAACGUCUCAAGCCUUAUUUGGAGACUACUUUUGAGACCAAUGAGCAACGUAUUCCUCUCACUGAUCGUCCACAACAAUGA